AGGAGGCAGGGCACGUCUUCCUCCUGAUGAAGAAAGACUAUCGCAUCUCCCGCAAUGUGCGCCUCGCCUGGGUCCUCAGCCGACUCCAUCAGGUCAUCUGGGCUGUGCCCGAGCCGGAGCUGUUAAAGUCAGAAAAUGAACUUGAUGUUCUCAGCAUCCUGCCUAAUGGGUGGCAGCCAGACGAGCCUGUCCAGCCCAGGCCCUAUCUCCUCGUGCCCUCUACGCGGGUCACCUUCUUGGCCCGCCAGUACCGAUUUGUGAUUGAACUUGAUCUGAGCCCUUCCACAGGGAUUGUGGAUGACUCAACAGGGGAGAUAAUUUUUGAUGAAGUGUUUCAUGCCCUUUCCCGAUGCUUGGUGGGGUUGUUAAGACCCUUUCGUAUCCCUGGUUCAGACAUUAUCUACCAGCCAGAGAUCUUCGUCACCAUCCAGGCGUAUUCCUCCAUCAUUGGCCUGCAGUCCCAUCAGGUAUUAUUCCAGGGCUGUCAACUGGAUGAGACAAAGCGAGAGGCCUUCCUGCACCAAGUUUACACACAGCUAUGUGCCUUUGAGAACAAAGUGGCAGAGAUGCUUCAGCAACAGUAUGAGCCCAAACCACAGGUGGAUUUGUCACCCCUGAGCCAAGAGAGUCCUGGUGAUGCGCAGGAGUCAUCUGGGAGGAAGCCCAGCGUGUCUGUUGUCACUGCUGAUGUUGGCCUCGUCAGCAUGGUCCGGCAGGGGAUCCUAGCGCUGCAGCUGCUGCCCUCCAACUCCAGCGCAGGUAUAAUAAUCAUUACGGACGGUGUGACUAGUGUCCCUGAUGUGGCUGUGUGCGAGACUUUACUCAACCAGCUCCGCAGUGGCACUGUGGCCUGCUCCUUUGUACAGGUGGGCGGUGUCUACUCAUAUGAUUGCAGCUUUGGCCAUGUUCCCAAUGUGGAACUGAUGAAAUUCAUCGCCAUGGCCACUUUUGGUGCAUACCUUUCCACGUGCCCUGAGUUGGAUCCCCUGAGCCUGGAUCUGAAUGUGUAUCACAAGGCAUUUCUUCUAUACUCCUUUCUGCGUACUGGGGAGUCACUGAAUCCAGAAUACUACUGUGUGUCCCAGCACAGGCUGUUCAAUGAGCACCUGGUGUCUGCGAGCAGCAACCCUGCUCUAGCGAUGAGGAGGAAGAAGCACACUGAGAAGGAGGUGCACGCUGACCUCGUGAGCAUUGUCUCAGUCCGGCUGCGCGAGGGCUACAGCAUCCGUGAGGUCAACAUCACAAAAGGUGGGUCUCAGCUGGAGGUGAAACUAGUGCUGCUUUGGAAGCAUAACAUGAGGAUAGAGUACUUAGCUGUGACACCCUGGCCCCUGGACCCAUCAAAGCGCAGCACAUGGGUGGAGGUGACGAUGGAGGGAAGCUAUGACAUCUUGCAUGACAUCAGUUGCACCAUGAGGAAGCCUAUCACCAGUCUGUACCGCACUACAGUCAUACGACGCUUCUGGAACACCUUACAGAGCAUCAACCAGACAGAUCAGAUGUUGGUUCAUCUGCAGUCUUUUGACACAGUUCCAGAACACUUCACCAUUCCUGAGAGCACCAAGAAUGGGGUGCCCCUCUUCUACAUCCCCCCAGGCUCCACCACUCCGGUGCUAUCCCUGCAGCACAGUGGGUCUGACUCAAGCCAUUCCCAGUUUGCCUCCUACUGGAAGCCUAUCCUUUCCAUGGAUGCCAAUUUCUGGCAGAGGUGGCUGCACAUGCAUCGUAUAGUCCUUCUUCUGGAGCAUGACACACCUGUGCCCAAGCACCUGCACACGCCGGGCAACAACGGCCGCUACAGCACCAUCCAGUGCCGCAUCUCUCACUCUGCGCUCACCUCCUUGCUGCGGGACUGGAGCAGCUUUGUGCUGGUGGAGGGCUACUCCUACGUCAAGCUGAUACAUGGCUCUGAGGAUCCCACGCCUUCCUCGUUUUAUGUGGUGCGGAUCAUCUCCAAAGCUCCCUGCAUGGUUCUCCGGCUGGGGUUCCCCAUCGGCACACCUGCACAGGCCAGGAACAAGAUAGUGGAGGAGUUACGGGACCGAAUCUUGCAGCUGCGCUUUCCCCACAGGGUCCAGAGCAAGGAGGCAACUCCAAAAGCAAAGAGGAAAAUGUUUGGCAGUAGUUCACCCUCCAAGUCUCCGCCUGUGGCUGGGGCCCAGUCAGCCCUCUCGGACAGACCCUGCCUUGUUGUGCUGCACAAACCGUUGGAGAAGCUACUCAUCAGGUAUGAGAAGCUGCCUUCUGACUAUCGAGCCCCCUUCAUUCUCAACCUGGAGCAUCCCCAAGUGUCUGGCCCGCUCACUAUGGUGGCCAACCGUACUGCCUCUUCCACCUUGGCCUCGCUGUCCCGCUACUUCUAUCACCAACGAUGGAUUUGGAGUGUCCAGUCAGGACUGGCACCGGCUGUGCCCAUCACCGCUGUGGCCCAGCUCCUUUCCACACUCACAGAGGUUCGUCUGUCGGAGGGUUUCCACUUUGCAUCCAGUGGGGAUGGAAUUAUCAACAUGGUCCUGGAGCUGCCCAUACAGAUUGACGGCUCAAGUGAGAACAGCAGCGGCAGGGAGAAGCACACCUGUGUCGUCCAAUACAUCCUCUUCCCACCCCAUUCCACCUCCACCAAGGACAGCUUUUCCACAGAUGAUGACAAUGAUACGGAGGUAGAGGCCAUUGAAGUGGACACUGAACUGAACCUGGUCACUGAGUGCUGGGUAGAGCCACAGAGCGGCCAUGUUCACAGCACUGCUGAGAAUUGGAAGCACCUCCAUGGCUUACCCUACCAAAAAAUACCUAAAGCGCUCUAUCCCCGGGACCUUGCGUGCAUUGCCACCAUGCUGACCUUCGAGUACAUCAGCCAGUUGUGCCAGAACAAGGAGUGGGUCUGCCCUCCAUCAGACACCAAAGCUACUGAAGAUCCAGACAUGGGAGCUGGUUUUCGAGUGCAUGAGAUCCCAUUCCAGUUCAACCUCAUGAAGCUGUUGCCCAGGUGCCAGCAGGUUGAAAUGUUCUUCCUAAUGCUGACAAAAGAGAAUGAGGAGGUGACCAAGGACUCUUCGUUUGUGCCCAAUGAAAUGCUACUAAACCUCUUCCAUGGCUGCCUGCAGCAUGACCUCAGUGACCGGGAGAUCCCCAUGGCUGAUGGUGAUCAUGUGGCUUUCAUGGAGCAGGUUCUGCAAAGGGAUCGUGAUGGCCAUCAACCCCCCUUCACACUCCCUGUCAUCAGAGAAGAAACCCUGAAAGCCUCUGGGACCCUGGAGCAGCAGGAUGCUUCUGCAUCCUAUCACCUUGUUGGCAGCAAUGGCACCAGGGAUAUGACUGGUUCCACAAGUACUCUUCAGAGCCUUGGCAACACAGAGCUGCCUGAGGAUGACGUGACCCUGAGUGACACAACUGGGCCCCUUCCUGCACAAUGGCGAUGUUAUGCCAAACUGGUCAACCCGCAGCAUGUGUUCCUGACCUUCCUGCCAGCCACCUUCUCAGAAGUGAGCCGUGACCCUGGAGAACAGGGUGGCCCCUCGCGGAGAGAUGUACAUAUCUCCUUCUGUCGCCAGAGCUCGCAAUCUGAGCUAGGCGAGUGCCGCCGAUUUCGCUGCCCCAUUUAUAUCUACAGCUGCUCUUUGGAGCUGUUACGAGAGCAGCUUGUCAGCCCACGGAUGCACCGUCCUCCUCGGGACAUCUUUUUCAGGUCCCAGUCUCUAGAACGUCCUCCUACUGCUGCUUGGCUAGACCACAAGCAUAAGGAGUUGGUGAGUUACUGCACGCUGCUGCAGGAGCAUUCCCACCAGUGCUAUGUGAAAGGGCUGUUCAAGAGCCUUCAGCAGUCACACAGCAUCAACUCCCAGGACCUACUUACAGCCAUGGACUACUGUGAGGAGCUGCUCCAAGAGAUUGAUAUCACCAACUUCCUGCUGACGGUGUGCAGCCAUGUCCGCUCAUUCCGAGAGAGCCACCAACAUUUCUGUACUCACUCCAAGACAGCCAGCUUCCAAGUGGGCAGCAUAGAGCAAGAAGAGGAGCAGAACUCUAGGGAACGGGGUGUCUUGGUCUCUGAAUCAAGUGCGGAAAUGGAGGACUACAGCGAGCAGGACUCCCAUAACAUUGCGAGCCCUACAGAGGAGCCAAAGAACAGUAUGGGCACAAGCUGCUGUUCAGAGUUUCCCCUCUCGCUGCUGGAAAUUGGACAGCCCUGCCAGGCACACCUUGACUUACAUAAAAUUAUCCAGGAAAAAUUCCUGGAAAUUGGAAGUUUACAUUUCAAGCCAGUGCCAUCAAAUCCUCACUAUUUCUUCUACUGCCCGCCAUCGGCCAAGAAAGAGGAAGAGGCAUCUCGGGAUCAGGCAGACAGGAAAGGCAGUGAGGACAUGGAGGGAUCAGAGGCAGAAUUGGCAGCUGAAGAAGGAACUGUAUCUGGGUGCUGCAUUGCCACAGAGAGCGACCCAGAGCUGGAGGUGGAGUACCGUGAGAAGCUGGAGCAUGAGUUCCCAGAUACAGAUUCCCUCUCGGACUCCAACACAGUGAACCAGGAUGAUGACUCCUUCAGUGUGCUGGGAGGGGACUCGCUCAAUGAGCAGGAGUUCCUGGAGCAGGAGAUGCCUCCUCUUUUCGUACACCUCACCUGCUCAGUGAAGCUGCGUAGCCAGCACAGCUCGAUGCCCGUGCAGUCCCUGCCAACUUGUCUAGGGGAAGUUCUGGGCUGCCUGGAAAGCUGCCAGGGCUUGAACACCAUCGACUUGGGAGACCUCUGUGUGACCCUGGACAUCUUUGUGCUGACAUUGCCCCUGGAGAUAGAAGUUGUGAACACAGACAUUCUCCACAACAGAUGCACCUCGGAGAGCAGCGUGUCCUUUACACGCUCUCCAGGGCAGCCGUCCUCUUUCCGCUCAGAUGAAGAUAUCAUGCACAACUUGGAACGGCUCCCAUCCACAGGAGAUGAGAGGCACCCUGCGCUUUCCAACCUCCCUGGAGUGCACAGGCAGGCUAUUGAAGCCACUAUGAAUGAGAUUCGCUGGCUCCUGGAUGAUGAGAUUGUGUCUGCACUGCGCCACUCGCAGGUCAUCAGUACCUCUAUCCUGCACCGAGUGGCCACCCACAUCUAUAACUCAAAGGGACGGCCCAGCUGCCACAGUGAAGUGGUGCUGCUCCAGUUUGUCUUUGGACCUGAGCACUCUCUGGAGAAGUUCAAGGAGGAGUUCAGAAGAAUGGCUCUGCCGGGCUACAUGCUCAAUGCAGAAGGCAGUGACUACCACUACAUCUCCAUCAGCCGCCUGCACUCCAGGCGGGCAGCUCCAAACCCUUCGGGGACACCCUGCUUGCAGCAGCCUGCUGGAGGGGGCACCAGGACAGCCCUGGGCCAGGCAGCCCAGGAGGGAAGCGGUGAAGCAGAGGCAGAGGACUCUGAGCUACACCAUGCAAGCUGUGUCCUCCCAGAAGAAGCCCAGGGUCUUUGGGGGUGGCCGGAGAGUGAAACACGUAUUGUGCCAGACACAGGAAACCCCAUACGUGGAGGCAGCCACGCACAGGAUGAGGUCCCAGGAGAAGCACUGAGCCUUGAGCAGAGCAGAGCACUUGGCCACGACUCCCUGGAGGAGGCAGCGCUAGAGACAACCAUACAGUCACUGCCAUCCUCAUCCUCUGAAAAGGGCAACAGUUCCAGCAAGCAGCGUCCCAGCCGCGUGCAGAGCCUUGUGUCGAGCCAGGGCAGCAUGGACUCCGACCACCUGGGUUACGAUGGGGGAAGCAGUGACUCAGAGUAUGAGGAGGCGCUAAUGAGCGACCAGGAACCCAGGUGUCCCCUCAUGCCGGAUUUCUGGCUCAUCAUAAAAAUCCAGCAGGACCGAGUGGAGGUCUAUUACCACACACGCCUGAGUGUGGAGAAGGCAGCAUUGGCAGAGACAGAAGAGCAGCAGCCAGGGGAGUGCCAGAGUCUCAACCAGGUGGUGGUGAAGAAGAUCAGUGAAAUCUGCAGGGUUGUCAAUCAGCGUUUGCUGCUGCAAGACCUGCAUGACAGCCACAUAUGUAACUCAUUACUGGUGGCAGAAAGUGAGGAGGACAUCUGGAAGAGUGAAACGCCCUAUACUUCUUACAGGCAGCGUGUCAUGCCCACAGAUGAUUACUCUGUAGAGGAGAGCUACCAGCCCCGGGACUACCUGGCUGCCACCAUGCAGUUCAUGCCAGGUCACUUUGCUUGUGAUGUUGUGUGGAGCACACUCAUCCAUGUGCAUUCGCGCCUCAAGAUGGGCCCCAACAUGGGAGUCUCACGAGCUAUCCAGGCACUUCGCUCAGUGCUCAAUGCCUUCUCUGUGGUGAACAGGAAGAACAUGUUUGUCUACCAGGAACGUGCCACUAAAUCUGUUUUCUACCUCCGACUGACCGAAACCACCUACAGUGGGAAGGUGUGGGAAUCAGAGAGCAGCCUUAGUCCAGCGUCUCGCUCGCUGGCACUGACACGCAGCCAGGAGCCCAUUUACACUGAGGAUCUGAUGGGCUCUCGUUCCUCUCUGGACACAGUCUCGUGCCGUAGUGUGGACUCUGCCCGCCCUGUGGGACAGGUGGACAGACACAUCCAGCUGAUGGUCCAUGGUGUUGCCCCAGCAGGGCCUGAGAUCACAGAUGAACUGGUGAAAGUGCUGCGCAGACGCCUGGAUGAGGCCACCCUGGAUAUCAUCACUGUCAUGCUGGUGCGGAACUGCAAGCUGACCCCAGCAGAUGUGGAGUUUAUCCAGCCCCCUGGGACGCCACCCACAGAGGUCCUGCAGUUCACGCUGCCACCCUCCGCCCUGCCUUGGCUGCAUGCAGUGGCCUACUAUCUGCGCCAGAACCUGCUCAUCUUCUUGCACACCCCAAAGUACACUGACAGCAACGUGGAGCACCACUUCAAGCACUACUUCAACCACAGUGGGAGCAUCCCUGACCAGGAUCUCUACCUGUACAACAAGCCAGGUGGCCAAGGCACUGGUGGCAAAGGAAUCGCAUGCAUUGCACUGACAUUUGUGGAUGAGCACGGCAGCCCCACCUCGCUGCCCCACGGGGAGAGACCUGACCCUCUGAAGCUGCCUUCCUCCUCGCCCAUUGUGGGCCUGCUGCAGGACGCCGAUUUCGAAAGCCUCACUGCGGUCAGCAGGCACCAGCCAGAGGCUGGAGCCCUACAUUCAGAGCCCUGCGUGCUGGUGCGCCUGGAUAUCUGGGAGAAGGGCAACAUCAGCCUGCUGCAGCUGUCGGAGAAGCUGCGUGGGGCCCUGCGCCAUGCUCUCUGCGAUGCCAUCAUGGAGUUCCUCGUGCUGCCAGCCCCACUCUGCGUGGAAGCCGCCUGCCCCCUGGGUGCCGCGGACCUGGAGGAGCUGAGCUCUGCGGGAGGUCUAAGGAGGACCAUGUCGGAGACCAAGGGCUUGGCCCUGACCACUGCUGGGGCUGGCAGGAGCUGUCCUCCACCCUUGCACUUCACUUCUGCCCCUUCAUCCAGCUCUGGGGAGCCAGUGACACCCACGAGCAAGCUGGGACGCCGCAGCUUCUGGGACAUGCUGAGCAAGGCAGAGUCCUCGGAGCUGGGCAGCCCCAAGACUACAGAUGACAUUGUGCUGGAGAGGCCAGAAGAGGCUCGCACGAGGCGGCGACACAAGACUGAGAGUGUCAAGCAGCACCUGAGCCAGGAUCGUGCCUCAGCCACAGCUGAACUGGAGCAGGCACAGAGGCGCCGAGCCUGCCAGUUGGAAGAAGGGGAUGUAGGUACCAUGCACCCACUCUUCAGUCAAACCUGCCAGCAGUGGAUGGCAUUCAUGAACAACCUGGGAUGCCCAUCAGUGCAGCAGUGCUCAGUGGAGAUUGUGUCCCGUUUCCUCCUGUCCUCCAUCCUGGUGGAAGUGGUCAGCCUGGUCACUGCCCUGGCGAGCGACACCACUGUCAAGGUGUUUGAGCAGAUCUGCUACCAUCGGGGCACCACCUUCCUGCCCUACAAGCCUGGUCAGAGCUCCAGCCCUCGCCCUGCAGCCGUCAGACACUUCAUCCUGCUGGGACGCAACUUCCAGCAGUGGCGUUGCAGCACAGAACAGGCUCACAAAGGACUCCAGCGCUUUGAGGCCAUGGAAUUCAGCUCGGCAGAGAGAGGCUCUGAUCCUAACCUUGUUGGACGAGACCUGGCGCCCCGACAAAGGUUCCUCUUCAUGGAGAUCAUAGACAAAAAGCUGACGCUCUACACCUACAACUGGUCCCCAGACCUCGGGGCCAACCUGAACUGCUCCCUUACUCGUCUGCUGCAGUGGCAGAAUGCCCGGUCCCACAUCGUGCACUGCCUGCUCAGCCAGAAGCUGGGACUGUUCCACCACCACUGCUUCAUGGACACACCAUGGCAUGAGGACAGCAAGCAGCCAAAUCCUUUCCUGAACUCCACUUUGGAGGUGGAUGCACUGAUCCGGAGCUCCAGCCCCCCACCUAGCAAGGAACAAGGCCGGCUGAGCAGUUCCGCCCGCAGCCUACCGCCUCUGCACUUCCAUCCUGAUGUGGUGCCCUUUGAUGAAGCUCUGCGGGAUGUUACCACCAUCAAGCGCAUACCCCAUGGGCCUGACUUGGGACCUUUUGACCCCGUGUCUCGGCAUGGGGCCCAGUUCCUGGAAAUCAAGAGCAUGGAGAGGAAAGAACUGGAGAAGCAGAUGAAGAUUGAGAAUCUCUUUGUUACCUGGCAGCAGAGAUCGGCACAGUCCAACAUGCCUAUCAGUCUGGCGGACCUGGAGACCCUGAAGCAGUCCUCACGCCUGGUUCACUACUGUGCUACCCCCUUGCUCUUUGACCCAGCCUUCCGGCAGCAAAUCCAAACUGACCAGCAGGGCAAGGUAGAGGGGAAGAAGCGCCACCGCUCAAAUGACUCUACAGCUUCAGGGAGGGACCGCAGCCACAGCUGUGACUCAGCGGAAGCGCUGCCCUGCAAGGUGAAGGAGGAGCCCUGGCUGCAGGAGAUGUGCAAUGCCUUCUUGCAGCAAUACAUCCAGUACCUGCAGAGCAUGGGCUUCAUUCUGGUCCAGGUGCGGCCACCCUCACCCACCACUCGCAGCACAAGCCGGAUCCGAGCUCUGGCAGCAAUGGGUGUGGAAGGGAGAGGGUCCUUUUCCUACACGAAGCCGAAAGCAGAGGGGAGUCCAAAGAGCACAAGCCCUGCUGUUGCCACCUAUCAUCUACAGAGAGCUCUUCCAGGUGGAAUUGUGCUGAUGGAGUUGGCCUUCCAGGGCUAUUACUUCUGUGUGAAGCAGUAUGCGCUGGAGUGCUCACGGAUCCCCAUGGGUCAGUCUGUGAACUCCCAGCUCUCCAUGCUCUUCACGGAGGAGUGUGACAAGGUGCGGGACCUCAUGCACGUGCAUUCAUUCAGCUAUGACUUCCACUUGCGUAUAGUCCACCAGUAUCUACUGGGUUCCCACAUGACCCUCCGCCAGGGCUACCAUCUCACCAGCUUCCUGGAGGAUUUCAUUGCCCACCACCCUGACAUCCCCAAAUUUGGCCGCAACCAUGUUUUCCAAGGCAUGCUGGCCCUGCCCACCAACAUGAUCACUGCGCACCAGCUGUACAACUACAUCGCUGACCACGCCAACACCUACCACAUGAAACCCCUACGCAUGGCCCGGCCGGCCACGGGCAACGACAACAAGAAGGGAACACCAGGCACAGAGCAGAACGAGUAUGCGCUGGUCUCUAUUUGGAACAGCUCGGGCUCCUACAAAGACUCUGAAGGUCUGCGUCAUCACGAUGACUUCGAUGUGUCCCUCCUGGUGUGUCACAGUGCAGCACCAUUUGAGGAGCAGAGCGAGGCAGAGAGACGCAUGCUCCGCUUGCGCUUCUACGUCAUCAUGACUAGCCAGCGGGAGCUCUUUCCCCGGCUCACAGCCGAUAUGCGGCGCUUCAAGAAGCUGCCACGCUUGCAAAGGGAUGUGCUGGAGCCUGACGUGGAGGACAGCGGCGAAUUCUAUGCAGGGGGCCCGCAAGUCAAACUGGGGCCAGGGCUCUUCUACACCUCACCACUCUUCCCCUUGCUGGCCUCUGAGGUGGCCUCAGCCCAGAAGCAGCUCAGCAGCAUGGUGCAGCUGGCCAAGUGCCACUGCCGCAGGGACAACCUCUGGAAGCGCCUCUUUCUUCUGGAGCCUCUGGCUUCUGACAAGCUGAAGCUGGGCAAGCUCUCACUGGUGGAGCUGGAGGAGCUGCUCGAUGCCGUGCAUGGGAAAUCCAUUGCUGACGUCGACCCCCAGCUGGGAUGCUUCCUUACCAUGACAGUCUCCUGGUACCAGAGCCUCAUCAAAGUGCUGUUGAGCCGCUUUCCCCAGAGCUGUCGGCACUUCCACAACGCUGAAACCGGCACCCAGUACCUGGUUGUGCUCAACCAGAAGUUCACGGAUUGCUUCGUUCUUGUGUUUCUCGAUUCCCAUUCAGGAAAGACGAGCCUCACCGUGGUUUUCCGGGAGCCGUUCCCAGUGCAGCCCCAGAACAGCGAGAGCCCUCUGCCGCAGCUUGUGUCCACAUACCACCACCUGGAGUCAGUUAUCAACACUGCCUGCUUCAACCUCUGGACAGGCCUGCUCUAGCACUGGCACCCGCAUCCUGGAGCAACGCGUAUACUGGACCUCUCGGCGUGGCUGUGCCAUGGGUGACGAUGGGGAAGAACGGGUCUCGGGGGGGACCUGUGCUCCGGCACUGCAGGCAGCA